AUGGCCUCUAGAUACGGCGUCGACUUGCUGGACCGCCGCAAGGACUCGUUCCUUUUGUGGGCGCCCGGUCGUGACUUUGGCUCGAACCCGCCACUGCUGGUGCUCGGCAAAUACAACAGCACGGCAGACGGCCUCUUUGACGAACUUGUUCGGCAACCUCUUGCAACUUCUUCUGCCGAGCCGGGUUUGUGGGUGCUAGGGCCUGAUACGAUCUCACCUGUUUUGAAAGAUGGCGUCUACCACUACUGGUUCGAGAUCCUGGACGACUCUCCAGAGAAAUGGGGCAAGAUGCUCACCACGGACCCCAUUUCAUUCACCGUCGACUACCGUGUGACGCGACAGACCGGCGAUCAAAAGCAGCCCGCAUCCGUCAUCAAGUACAGAGACGGGAAAUUAUGGGCAUGCAGCCUCGAUGGCAAGGAGGCAUCUCGUCCUGCCAUUCCCAAAGUCGCAAGCCUGCCAGCCAACAACCACCUCGUCAUUUACGAAUUGCCAACCUCGUGGGCUAAAGGAGGCGCCGAUGAUCGAGGCGCCGAUGUUGACGUAGGGACAUUCGCCGACGUGAGCGCCCUGUUCGACAGCGGCAUCCAAGGGCGCCGUUUCGCGAGCAUCUCAUCCGUUCGAGAUGAGGUCAUUCUCAAAGACCUCGGCAUAAAUGCUCUGGAGCUCCUCCCAGCUGCCGAUGCAAAGACGGAGGACGAAUGGGGUUAUGCUACUGCCCAUUACUUUGCACCCGACUAUGACCUCGGCUCAUCCUCUGAUCUCGUGUCCUUAGUUGAGACGAUCCACAGUCAGAAUAUCCGGCUCGUCACAGAUGUGGUCAUGGCAUUCGGUCAUGACCCCUACGGGUACAUCGACUUCAAGCCUUUCCACCUGCGGCCAAGAGAUGAGCCGGACAACCCCGACAGCUACCAGUCUCACGCCUCUGGUGUUCUCCGAGACGGGUACGGGGGCCAGAGUUGGAGGUAUAUCCCCACCGCGUCAACUUAUGACCCAGAAAGCGGCAAGACAGCAGAUGUACACCCAUCUUGGGCGUUCCAUAGAUCACAUCUUGCGCGCUGGAUGGCCGAUUUUGGAGUUGGUGGUCUGCGGCUCGACAGCGUCAACAACAUAGGUAGCUGGGAUUUUGUACGUUCUUACAAAGAGCGUGCCUGGGAGCUGUACAAUGCUCGCUAUGGAAGUGCCGCCGACCCCUCCAAGUUCCUUGUCAUUGGCGAAGAGCUGAGCAUGCCCGUAGACAUGGUUCAAACCGGCUGUCUCAAUGCAUUGUGGAACGAGCCGUGGCAGGGUCGACUUCGGGCUGUUCUGCUUGGCCAGCAGACCGAUGCAACUUUCAGCGACUCCAUUCGACGGCUGGUUGAUUGCACACUCGACGAUAAUCUCAGCCCGCGCUUCACCGAUGGUAGCCAGGCCAUCAACUACGUCACUAACCAUGACAUUGAGGGCUUUCGCAAGGAGCGGCUGUACAACUUCCUACAAAGCAACGGCAUAUGGGACGUCGAGCGACGCGCGAAGCUAGCGUUUGUCCUGCUGCUCACAUCCGUUGGCAUCCCAAUGAUCUUUGCAGGAGAAGAAUUUGCCGAUCAAAUGGACCGCAGCGUGGACAUGGGCAAGAAGCAGACAGACCCGGUGAACUACGCGCGCAAGAACGAUGGAGGAUGGAGACAGGCGCUGUUCGACUACGUGGCGAAUCUGGUGCAGUUUAGAACCAAGUGCCCUGCUUUGGGAGUGGACGACACUGAAUUCUUCCAUGUGGACGAGAGCCGAGGAGGCAAGAUCAUGGCGUGGAACAGGGGAGGCGACCGACAGGCGCCGGUGGUCGUCGUGGCCAAUUUUACUGAUACCGACACUCCCGGCUCGGAGUAUGUCGUGCCCAACUGGCCGCGCAAGGAGGUUCCGGGCUGGAGGGAGAUCACUCAGGGGAGAGAUGUCCCGGCCGAGUGGGUCGGCCGCGAGCCGUUGAUGGCUUGGGAAGCGAAGGUCUAUACUUACUGGCAAUAA